CCAAAAAAACUCGGUGAUGCCUUCAAGGAAAUGAGAAAAGAAUUCAGUUUUUUCUAUGCGGAUGCCAACUGGAGGAUGACUGUAGAUACCACGAAACUAUACCCCGAUGAUGGAAAUGUAGGGGCAUUUAGAGAAAUCAAUACUGUUCGUGGUGCUAAUUCCAACUGUCUAGUCUUUCUGUCAGGGAUGAAAGAACUGAAUAACACGUGGAAAAUCAAGCCUCGCCACAAAUACCAACGAAUUGUGGUUGCUAGCCUACAAGGAACUGACUUCAGCGAGGCUAUUGACGAUCGAGGAGUUGCUAUCAACGUCUCCUCGAACUUUACAGAGCCUGAGAACGUCAAGAAACUAAUCACUGCUAUCUUGGAAGGUUUCGUUACCUCAAGCUUCAAAGUAUAG